UGAAAAUUAAAAACUUUAUAGAUGCACUAAUGUAGGUUUAUUUUUAAGUUCCCGCGUAAAAUUAAUAUUUAUCAAUCAGAAAUUAUUAUUAUUUGUGGCUGAUAAAUGUUAAUUUUGUUCAACUUUAGGCAGUGAAUAACGCGGUUCGUUUUAAAAAAAUUUGUGUGAUUGCUUUUAUUACAAUCUAGUCGUUAAUGUUGUUAUUUUAGUGCUUGUGUUAUUAUUAAAAUUUUAUCCUAACGUCCUUUAAUUAAGUCAAUUUUUUCAACUUGACAUAAUAUAGCAUAUUUAAAAAAAUUUAACUGAGAUAUAUUUAAUUUUAUCAAAUAAAAAUUCAACAGUUUGCAUAUUAUUUUUAAAGAUAUGCUUAAACAUGAUUGUUAUAUGAAUAAUUCCUAAAUUAAAAUAAAAAAUUGUAUUAUUGUGUUGAGAUAUUAGUGUCGGUUAUAUUAGUGUAUUAUUUUUUUUAUUUCUGUAGUCUAUAAUAAAUUAAUCAAUAGCAUAAACAUCAUAUUUCAUAUACACAUAAGAUGGAUACAAGCAUUGCUUUUAUUUCUGAUACUCAAUUACUUACUGAAUGCAACAAAAUACCAAAUAUAAAAAAUCGAGCUUAUUUAGUCGAUGAUCUCAUAAGAACAUAUAAUCUAUAUGACCAUAUGAAUGUUUUCAAAGUAGAACCUGUCUCUUAUGAUGACCUUAUUCAAUUUCAUUCAAGCUCAUAUAUAAAUUAUUUUAAACAGUUAAAUGAUCAUGAGUACUCUCUUAUAGAGACAGAAAAUGAAUAUGGAAUUGGUUAUGAUUGUCCAGUGUUAGAAAAUAUUUGGAAAUUUGUUACAUUCAUUGCUGGUGCUUCAGUUACUGCUGCAAAAUUGCUAACUACUAUGAAAUAUAACUAUGCUAUAAAUUGGUGUGGUGGUUGGCAUCAUGCACAAAGAGAUUCUGCAGAAGGAUUUUGCUAUGUAAAUGAUAUAGUUUUAGCAAUAGAAACGUUAAGGAAUUAUUUUGGAAGAGUACUGUAUAUUGAUCUUGAUGUGCAUCAUGGUAAUGGAGUCGAGUAUGCUUAUAUGACUACUGAUAGAGUACUCACACUAUCAUUCCAUCAAUUUGAACCUGGUUUUUAUCCUACAAGUGGUUCUUUAAAUGAUAUUGGGAUAGACAAAGGAAAAUUCUACUCUGUAAAUGUACCAUUAAAAGAAGGAAUUACAAAUGAAAGUUACAUAUCACUAUUUAAAAAAAUCAGUUCUAUGGUUUAUUGUUCCUACAAACCAAACUGUAUAGUUGUUCAAUGUGGUGCUGAUAGUUUGAUUGGUGAUCCAAUUGGUGGGUUUAAUUUAACACCAAAAGCUUAUGUUGACUGUAUCAAAACUGUAAUAUCUUGGCAAAAACCAGUAUUAUUUUUAGGCGGUGGUGGUUACAAUUUGCCAAAUGUUGCUCGAUGUUGGACUUGUUUAACUGCAGUUAUAGCUAAGCAAGAAAAUAAGCUACCAGCUGAUAUUCCAGAUUGUAAAUAUUUUUCAUCUUAUGGACCUGACUUUACUCUAAAUAUUUCUCCUGGAAAUAGAAAAGACUAUAAUGAUACUGGAUAUCUAAAUAAAAUUAUAAAAACUAUUGAGAAUAACAUGAAAAUGAUUCAAAACUGAAGACUACUCUCUUUUAAAAAACGUAUUUAUAAUAAUAUAUUUGAGAACUGAAUUGCAAUUAUUAUGAACAUAUUUCUACAUAAUUAUGUAUUAAGUAGACAAAAAUUAUUAUAAAAAUAAUUGUCUAAUGUAUAAUGCAUAUUUAUCUUAUAUAAGUAAAAAAAGUCUUUUAUCAUUAAUUUAAUAAAAACAUUUCUCAAUAGUCAUAAUAAUAAGAAUACAGUAGUGAAUACAUAAGAAUGUAUUCAGAAAUUUAAAAAAAUUAAUUAAAGUACAUUGUCCUUAUUUAAUGUUUUUUAUUUAUCAAAUAAAGCUUAAUAUAAGAUUUUUUUCAUUAUUUAAUAUUUUUUUUUUAAUAAAAUAUUUUGAUAUAAAAAUAAUUUUUUCUAGGCAAUGAAAGUUGAGACAACAACAAUAAUUAUAACAAUAUUUCAACCAUUUUACACAAUUAUUAUAAUUUAUAUUUUUAAUGGUAUAGAAUCAGUAAAUAAUAUAAUUUAAAUAAAAUUUAAAAAAUUAUAAAUAGGCACUGAAGUAUAGUUUUAGUUGUUAGAAAAGUAGGCAAGAACUACCCAUAAACUCAACCUGAAGUUUGAAUAAAUAAAAUAGUUUUUAUAGUUUCAUAAUAUAAAUAUGUUGUAACUUGUUAGUAACUAAUAAUACUAUUAGGAAUA